AUGGCGGUCUCAUUCCGAUCUCAGGGCGGAGAAGCCUCCCGCGAUUCCUCUGACGGUCUGUUGGAGCCCUACGAGGCUUACACAGACUCUCCGAAUACCAAAAAUGUGAACAAACCAAGUGUACAAGUACACUCUGUUCCCCAAGGUCAAGUGGGGCGCCGCAGCCGGUGGCGUCAGUCCCUGGACUGGAUUCCUUCGUUCGCACCGCGCAGGAACAACGGAGACGACGAGGAAGACCUGCCCUUGCUAUCGGAGGUACCGCAGCGCAAAAAGCGAUCGUGUCGCUCGCGCUAUUGGCACUACUUUUUGCGCACGUUAACCGCAUUCUUUAUCAUGUUGGGCAUCAUUCAAUCCAUCUCUCUCGCCUGUGGUAUCGUCCUUACAUUCUUCCCUGACGAAUACGACCGAGCAGCCCCCAACUGGGCUCGCACCGGCGAUCAGCUCGACGCGAACGACAUCAAUCGCUGGCCCACCGAUAUCUCCCGCGAUAUCAUUCCGUUUGGCUGCCACUCUCAUAAUGACUACUGGCGCCGUGUACCGCUUUACUCAGCGCUCCAGGCAGGCUGUAUUGGCAUCGAGGCAGACGUCUGGCUAUUCGAUAACGAGCUCUACGUCGGUCACACCACCACCUCUUUAACAUCGCGCCGCACCCUGCGCUCGAUGUACGUCGACCCACUUGUCCGCAUCCUCGAGCGCCAGAACCCUAUCUCCUCGUUCCAGCGCUUCAUCAGCCAGCCUCCGCAUGGCGUAUUCGACACAGACCCUUCGCAGACCCUGAUCCUCCUCAUUGAUUUCAAGACCGACGGCGCCGCGACAUGGCCCGUAGUCGCAAGCCAUCUAGCUCCGCUACGGGACCGGGGAUACCUUACACACUUCAAUGGGCAAGAGGUCAUCCAAGGACCCAUCACCGUUGUCGGAACUGGCAAUACACCCUUCGACCUGACAGUCGCAAACUCCACAUAUCGGGAUAUCUUCUUCGAUGCUCCACUAGCCAAACUAGUCGAUACCGAUAAAUCAGAUGACGAGUCGUCUCUAACUCCUACCGGUUCCGGUCAAGGUUUGUCCGGUAUGCCAGAGAUCAUUACGGCGAAUACGUUCAAUCUUACAAACAGCUAUUAUGCGUCUGUGGACUUCAUGUCUGCCAUUGGUUUCCCCUGGCCAUUUCAUUUCUCGAAGCAUCAGAUUGAUUUGAUUCGCACUCAUGUGCGGAUUGCGCAUCGGCAUGGUCUUAAGGUGAGGUAUUGGGGGAUACCGAGCUGGCCGCGGAGCUUGCGUAAUCAUAUCUGGCGAAUUCUUGCGCAAGAAGGGGUUGAUAUGUUGAAUGUGGAUGAUUUGGUUGAGGCUACCAAAGGUACUUGGGAAAUUAAGAUCCUAGAUUGGUGGAAGUAG